GAGAGGAAGAAAAAUGGCGGCUGUAGGGGACCCGGAGCGGGACGCUGGCCAUUCGGCUUGAGCUUUCUCUCCCAAACUGAGCCCGGGGCUGUAGCGGAACUGCUCCUCCAAAUUCUGCAGAGGAUCAGCUUUCGGGCGGUACCCGUUUUCCCGGGUUUGCACCGGCGAGUCCCUGACAAAAACUGAAAGGGAAAAUAAUAGAUUUUAUAUAUAUAUCUGUAAAGGAUGAGAGGGAGAAGAGGCAGGCCGCCCAAGCAGGCGCUGAUGCAGGAGCCGUCUCCUGGCCCAGUCCGGGGUCUGAGACCCAGGCGGGUGUUGGGUGCAAAGGGGAGAGGUGCGCCCGAGGUCGAGAUCGCGACUCCCAGGCGGGGGAAUCACCAUUCUUCCAGGGGCAGGAGGAAACUGGGAUCGAGCACCGCGUCGGGGGGCAGAGGAAGAGGCAGGAGCGGAGCGGGCAGGGGAAGGAGGACCAGCAAGGUGGUCUACGAUGACCACGAAAGCGACGAGGACGAGGAGGAUGCCGUGAGCCUGCACUCCGAAGAGGACGAGCCCGUGGAAGAGGAGCCGCUGUCGGAGGAGGAAGAAGCGGCGCUUGACGACGAGUCCGAUUACCUGGAGGAGAUAGGCGAAGACGAGGAUGAUGAUGAUGGCAGCUUCUGCACAGAGAGCAGCUUUCGGAGCCACAGUACGUACAGCAGUACCCCAGGGAGGAGACGGCAGAGGAUUCAUCGGCCACGCUCGCCGAUCUUCGAGGAGAAGGAGGUUCCUCCCCUGGAGCUCCCCAAGUCCUCCGAAGACCUCCUGGUGCCCACUGAGCAACUCCUGAACAUUGUGGCCAUCUACGAUGUUCUGAGGAACUUCGGCACGGUCCUGCGGCUUUCCCCCUUCCGCUUCGAGGACUUCUGCGCCGCCCUGGUGGGGCAGGAGCAGUGCACGCUGAUAGCGGAGACUCACAUCGCCCUGCUGAAAGCCAUCCUGAGGGAAGAGGACACCUCCAACACCAGCUUUGGCCCGGCCGACCUGAAGGACAGCGUGAACUCUACCUUGUACUUCAUCGACGGCAUGACGUGGCCGGAGGUGGUACGGGUCUACUGUGAGAGCGACCGGGAGUACCACCACGUGCUGCCCUUCCACGAGAGUGAGGACUACCCCUACGGACCUCUGGAGAGCAAGAUCAAGGUGCUGCAGUUCCUGGUGGACCAGUUCCUCACGACGAACAUUGCCCGCGAGGAGCUCAUGUCAGAGGGGGUGGUCCAAUACGACGACCACUGCCGAGUCUGCCACAAGCUGGGGGACCUGCUGUGCUGCGAGACCUGCUCGGCCGUCUACCACCUGGAGUGCGUGAAACCCCCUCUGGAGGAGGUGCCCGAGGACGAGUGGCAGUGCGAGAUCUGCGUGGCGCACAAGGUGCCCGGCGUCACGGACUGUGUGGCAGAGAGCCAGAAAAGCAAGCCCUACAUUCGGCAGGAGCCGAUCGGCUACGACAGACACAGACGGAAAUACUGGUUCCUGGAUAGAAGAAUAAUAGUAGAGGAAGAUGGGGAACAGGAGAAAAAGGAUAUUUGGUACUACAGCACAAAGGUUCAGCUGGCAGAACUGCUUGAACGCCUGGAUAAGGACUAUUGGGAAAGUGAACUUUGUAAAGUCCUGGAAGAAAUGAGAGAGGAAAUUCACUCUCAUAUGGACAUCACUGAGGAUCUCACCAACAAAGCCAGUGGCAAUAACAAGUCAUUUUUGACAGCAGCUAAUGAUGAGAUUUUGGAACGGUUAAAAGCGAAACAGGACGCAGAGCUGGAAGAAGUGAAGAGGAAAGCAGCUGAAGAGGCUGAGAGGAUGCGCAAGGAGAGCGGGGGCGAGAGCCAACACGAGCCAGAGCAGGAGCUGGCACCACAACCAGACCAGGACAAGGAACCGAAAACAACACCGGAGCAGCCUGAGAGCGAGCAGGAGAAGGCAGCAGCAGCCUCACUCAGUGCGGAGGAGAGCAGUAACUCAGAGACGUUACAGCCUGUAGCCCCCAGCACCAGCCCGGCUGCAGAGGACUUGGGUUCAACAGAAGGGAAAAGCACGACGGAGGCUCGGCAUGCAGCAACCCUUACCGGCCAGACGCCCGAGGAGAAGCCAGCUGCCCAGGCUGAGCAGGACGCUGCAGAUAAAGCAGAAGAGGCCAGCUCCAGCAAUGGAGAGAGCGCCUCUACCCCCGUCCCUCCAUCCUCACAAGCGAACGAUGAGAACAGCAGCAGCAGCAGCAUCACCUCCUCCUGCGAACCCCACAACUCGACCACCCCCAAACCAGUAGACGAGGGGGACGUCGCUGACAAGUCCUCCCAGUCUUCAGUCGGCAGUCAAGAGGAGACAGGUGAUAACAAAGCGGAGAGCAGCGACGGAGCAGCGAGUGGGAAGGGCACGCCCGGCUCCACGCGGAUGGUCACGCGGUUACGGAACCCAGACAGCAAGCUGAGUCUGCUCAAGAGCCAGCAGGUCGCUGCCGCAGCCCACGAGGCAAACAAGUACUACAAGGAAGGCAAAGAGGUCCUGGUGGUGAACUCUCAAGGCGAAGUCUCCCGACUAAGUACCAGGAAGGAAAUUGUGAUGAAGGGGAACCUCAGCAACUACUUCAAGCUGGGCCAGGAGGGGAAGUACCGGGUCUACCACAACCAGUACAGCACCAACGCCAUGGCCCUGAACAAGCACCAGCACCGCGAGGACCACGACAAGCGACGGCACCUCUCCCACAAGUUCUGCAUGACCCCCGCCGGUGACUUCAAGUGGAACGGCUCUGUGCACGGCUCCAAGGUGCUGACCAUCUCCACACUGAGGCUGACCAUCAUACAGCUGGAAAACAACGUGCCAGCACCCUUCCUGCACCCAAACUGGGCUUCACACAGGUCUAACUGGAUUAAGGCUGUUCAGAUGUGCAGUAAAGCCAGGGAGUUUGCACUCGCUUUAGCCAUCCUGGAGUGCGCCAUUAAACCUGUCGUCAUGAUGCCUGUGUGGAAGGAUGCACUUGGGCACACAAGGUUGCACCGCAUGACAUCCAUAGAGCGGGAGGAGAAAGAAAAAGUGAAAAAGAGGGAGAAGAAGCAAGAGGAUGAAGAAACCAUGCAGCAGGCCACAUGGGUUAAAUACACCAUUCCCAUUAAGCACCAGGUGUGGAAGCAGAAGGGAGAGGAGUAUCGCGUGACUGGGUACGGUGGGUGGAGCUGGGUUAGUAAAACCCACGUCCAGCGCUUCGUUCCCAGGCUGCCAGGAAACACCAAUGUCAAUUACAGGAAAGCUCUGGAGGCAAAAAGCAAUAAGGAAAUUGCCGAGUCCCAAAAGCCGGAACUUGAUAAAAGGAAAAGCUCCUCCAAAGUGAAAACAGAGACCGACGCUCGUGAGAAAGACCCCAAGUCCUCCAGAGAUUCAAAGAUUCAGAGCUUACCGGAAAAGGACAAGGACCAAACUGCUCCCAGCGAGUCUCCCGAGGACAGACCUGCGCAUGAGGAGGAGGAGAUGCAAGUGGAGACCAGCCCUGCAGAGCCAAGUCCAGAGGAAGAAAAAGGGAGAAAUGAAAGCACUGCUUCUGACGGUGAGAAGGCUGUGAAGGAGGAGCCCAUGGAAGACGACGAAGUGAAGACAGAAUCGCCGUCAAAGACGAAACCUUUCGAGGACGACGUGGUCAAUGUCAGCGAGGGCUUUCAGCUAAGGACUGCGUACAAAAAGAAAGUGAAAGCGUCCAAACUGGACAGCCUGCUCGAAAGGAGGGUUAAGCAGUUCACUUUGGAGGAGAAGCAGAGGCUGGAGCGGCUCAAGCAGACGUCUCUGGUGAAGCACAUAGCGGGCGCCGUUGUCCCCCAGUCCGCAGUCAGCGUCAAAGAGGAGUACAAAGCAAGCAUGACAGACAGAGGAAAGCCUGAGCCCCCAGCUGCAGUGAAAGCUGACAGCACUCUGACGGAGAAAGACCAGCCUUCAGGGACAGAGAGCAGUCUGGCUACCGCUGACUCCUCGCUGGGGGAACAAGAGGUCAUGAAGGACGUCCAGGAAGACGAGAAGACGGUUACAAAAAGCCAGCAGGGCUCUGAAGAUCCUGCCUACGUUCAGAAAGAGAAUGGAGAAAGCAACACUGACUCCAUGGAACAAAAUCAGGAACCCAAAAAGACACCAGACGUGCCCACUGACCUGUUGUCUGAGCCUGUGCCUAAAAAACAAUUGACUGAGUCUCAAAGCUCUGAGGAGACUCUAAAACCAGACCCCAGAUUAGAAUCCAGCAGUGAAGACAAGCAUGUCGAUUCUGACUUGACCCCAGCAGGUGCAAAGACUGAAAUCCUUAGUGAAGCGGUAGAACCCCCUGAUGCAAAAGAGCACAAAACUGUUGGCAAAGACUCUGUUAGUGAAAAUCAGGUCCCCGCUUCUAAAACUGAACCUCCCGUGGAAAGCAAGUCUGAGCCGAGCCCAUCAGAAUUGAACGGCAGUGGUUGGAAAAGUGAAACGCAUCAGAUGGAAACCCCGGUAGAUAAACUGGAUUUGCUGGAGCGAAGCAUCGACCAGAGUCCGUCAGACGAGCGACCAAACGAAGGAGAGGAAAAAAACGAUUGUCCCCAAGUCCAGGAGACCGAGAAAAAAGACGAGGCAGGGAAGAUUUCCGAGCCUGUGGUUAAUAAGCGCUCCCUGGAGGAGAUAAACAAAGUGUGCCUGGACCAAAAGGACACGGAAGACAGCAAAGCAGAGAUCAGCCGAGCUGGGGAGGAAGAAGCUAAAGAGCACCUUCCUGUCACUCCAGCCCAGAUCAAUGGAAAGGAUGGAGCUGAAAGUAAUUCAACUGCAGACUCCAAACUCCCUGUAAAAGAGCCCUCGAACGCCAAGCUUCCAAAUAACAUUGACGGGAAAGUUCACAGCCUAUCUAAGGCAAGUUGUGACAGUGAAAUAAAAAGUUUGUCGCUGGAGGAUCCUGUGAAACCUCUGAUGAAUGGUGAUAUGGGCGUGGAGGGAGCUAAAGAGAAGUCUAACAACAUAGAGGCUCAGUCUUUGCCUUCCAGCCCGUCGGUAGUUGAUGGGGAAAGCAAGGUUGCAGUUGCCGAUCAGGACUAUUUGCCCCCGGUCAAAAUGGCCAAACUGGGAAAUAAUAUCGAGGAAGCUGUCAACUCUGCUGUGUCUACUACUACGCCUACGCCUGUGGAUGCAAGUCCUGACAGUGCAACCCAACCCAAAGUCAAAGGAGAACAGAGCAGUAACGAAGAGGAGCCCAUGGAAACAGAAAAGCCAGCGCCCAAGAAAAUAAUAAUCCCCUCCCCUGUUCCUUCGGCAGAGGAAUCCAGCCUCAGCAGCGACUUCGCCGACGAGAGCGUUCACCAGCCGGAACAAAACAAGGCUGAAACCAACUGGGAGGACGGUGUCAAAACCAUCAUCACCAAAGUGACCACCACCACCACCACCGUUUCCACAGAGUCAAAGACCGUUCAGAUCGCCGAGGUGUCCAGUACGCAGAGCAGCAAGCCCACGAUGGUGGCUUCCAUUGAAGACUCUGCCGUGUCCACCCUGACCACAAUGACGAAGACCACAGUUACCAAAGUGACCUCUCCCACGCAGGACCGCAGCGUGGUCUCGGUGCUGGAGGAGAACAAGACCACUGUCACGACCACGCUGACGGACUCCGCCACCGGUCCCUCGGGCACUUCUGUCACCACCAUGACCGUCAGCAAGGAGUACUCCACGAAAGACAGGGUCAGGCUGAUGAAAUUCUCACGGACGAAAAAGAUGCGGUCUGGGACGGCCCUGCCUUCCUACCGCAAGUUCAUCACCAAAAGCAGCAAGAAGAGCAUAUUUGUUCUGCCCAACGACGACCUGAGAAAGCUGUCCAGGAGAGGUGGGAUCCGAGAGGUGCCCGUGUUCAAUUACAACGCGAAGCCCGCACUGGAUAUCUGGCCCUACCCUUCACCAAGACCCACGUUUGGGAUCACAUGGAGGUAUCGUCUCCAGACAGUGAAAUCCCUAGCGGGAGUAAGCCUAAUGUUGCGAUUGCUGUGGGCUAGCCUGAGGUGGGAUGACAUGGGAGUGAAGCCUUCCUCUAGUGCGGGCACCACACGCACAGAAACUUCAGAAACAGAAAUCACCACGACUGAGAUAAUGAAGCGCAGAGAUGUUGGCCCCUAUGGAAUCCGCUCAGAGUACUGCAUCAGGAAGAUAAUCUGUCCGAUCGGUGCGCCCGAAACUCCAAAAGAAACGCCCACUCCACAAAGGAAAGGUCUUCGGUCCAGCGCUCUGAGGCCAAAGAAGCCGGAAGCCCCCAAGCAGACGGGACCAGUGGUGCUGGAGACGUGGGUGGCAGAGGAGGAACUGGACCUGUGGGAGAUCAGGGCGUUUUCCGAAAGGGUUGAGAAGGAGAAGGCACAGGCUGCAGAGCAGCAGGCAAAGGUUAGUGAGCAGAAGAAAGACGAGGAGUUCAAGGUCCCAAUGGAGGCUCAGCUGAAGCAGCAGAGAUUGGCUGCCCAGCAGAAGCGUCUGGAUCAGCAGAAGCAGUCCCCAGCCGCAAGCACGGCCUCCUCUGUGACCACCACUGGCAGCACCACCAAUGCUAUGUCCACGCCCCAGAAAGUAGUGGUAGGCUCCUUGACAAGCCAGGUCACCCCCGGAACCAAAGUGGUACUGGCCACCAAGAUGGGCUCGCCUACUGCUGUGACAUUCCAGCAGAACAAGAACUUCCAUCAGACCUUCGCUUCCUGGGUCAAGCAGGGCCAGACCAGUACAGCCACCAGUACGGUUGCCACGGUAGCAACAAGUGUAGCCACGGCAGGGCAGACGUUCCAGAUCACGGGCAGCCCGAUGUCAGGCAAAGUGAUUACUGCCAAACUGCCCCUCCCAGCCAACAGCAAAAUCAUCACUGUCAAUGUGCCAGCGACACAAGGAGGUGUAGUUCAGGUCCAACAGAAAGUCCUGGGUAUCAUUCCAUCCAGCACUGCAGCCAGCCAGCAAACCUUCACGUCAUUCCAGCCCCGGACAGCCACCGUAACCAUCCGGCCCAAUACCCCUGGCACUGUCACGGGCCCGGCCGGCACUCAGCAGGUGAUAACGGGAGGGGCACAGAUCCGUCCUGGGAUGACCGUUAUUCGGACCCCCCUCCAGCAGACCACCUCCCUCGGCAAGACCAUCAUCCGAACCCCGCUGAUGGUACAGCAAGGUAUUCUCCCAGCCAGUCAGCCACACCAGGUUGUAACGCAGAUCAUCCGCGGGCAGCCAGUGUCCACUGCCAUCCACACGAGCCCAGUGCACAGGAUGGUGACGACCUCCGCCCAGCACCCCGCAGCCAGCCCCCAGACACAGCCUGCCACCCCCCAGGGUCCGGGGCCACGGCCGCAGCAGGGCCAGGUAAAGCUAACUCUGGCACAGCUCACCCAGCUGACACAGGGACAGAGUGGAAGUCAAGGGCUGACGGUGGUGAUCCAGGGCCAGGGUCAGACGACGGGGCAGCUGCAGGUGAUCCCUCAGGGGGUGACUGUGAUCCCUGGGCCUGGGCAGCAGCUCAUGCAGGCUGCGAUGCCCAACGGCCAGGUCCAGCGCUUUCUCUUCACCCCAAUGCCACCACCCGUCUCCACUGGAAACGCUGCCGUUACCGCGGUCACGGCUACCACCACCACGCCUUCUGUGCCAGCUCCCACAGAGCACAAAGUGGCUGAGCACCAACCCCAGCUGCAGACGCAAACACAAGCGCAGGUUCAGGUUCAGGCUCAGGCUCAGUAUCAAGUCCAAACCCAUCCUGCCAUGUCUCAAGCACAGACUCCGGCGCAGCCAGCCCAGCAAGCAGCCGCCCCUGUCCAGGCCUCCACCUUCUCCACCCCCGUCACGUCUGCCCAGCCUCAGUCCCAAAGCCAGGUCCCCACCCGAACUCAGGCACAGACCCCGUUGCAGCCCCAGACACCCCUGCAAGCCCACGCCGCCCUCGUCCCCCAGACUCCGUCCCUGGUGAAGGCCGUGACGGCCGCGCAGACUCUCAACCAGGUGACGGUGAAGUCUCCCGGCCAAGCCCAGCUGCAGCUCCACCAGCCCCAGCUCAUCACAGUGCCUCACCAGCUGCAGCAGCAGGUGCAGGUGCUCUCCCAAAUCCAGUCCCACAUGGCAGCCCAGAUACAGGCCCAGCAAGGAGCAGCAGCAGGAGGAGGAGGAGGUGGAGGAGGGGGCAUGCUGCCCCAGCAGAUCAAGCUGCAGCUACCUAUCCAGAUCCAGCAGGGGGCGCCGGUGCAGCCCCACCAGAUCCAGAAUGUGGUGACCAUCCAGACGGCCAGCGUGCAGGAGCAGCUGCAGAGGAUCCAGCAGCUCCAUGAGCAGCAGCAGCGGAAGAAGCAGCAGCAGCAGAGCCUGCAGGCAGCCAACCAGAGCGACAUCAUCCAGAAACAAAAGGUGGUGAUGAAGCAGAACGCUGUCAUAGAGCACCUGAAGCAGAAAAAGACACUGUCGCCGACAGAGAGAGAAGAGAACCAGAGGAUGAUCGUGUGUAACCAAGUAAUGAAGUUCAUCUUGGACAAAAUCGACAAGGACGAGAAGCAGGCGGCGAAGAAGAGGAAGCGGGAGGAGUCUGUGGAGCAAAAGCGCAGCAAGCAGAACGCCACCAAGCUGUCAGCCCUGCUCUUCAAACACAAAGAGCAGCUCAAAGCAGAGAUCCUGAAGAAGAGGGCGCUGCUUGACAAGGAGCUGCAGCUGGAAGUGCAGGACGAGCUGAAGAAGGACCUGAGCAAGCUGAAGAAGGAGAAGGCACACGUGGCCGUGUCUCAGGCAGCAGCAGCAGCGACGGCCACGGCCCAGGCAGUCGUCCUCACGGCCGCCAUGUCCACCCCGAGCUCCACCCUGAAACGGAAACGGGACGAGGAGAAGGAGCCGCCCAGCGGCAUCGCGUCCCCCGCCAAACCCAAGAAGAAAAAAAUGAUCUCUACUACCUCAAAGGAUGCAAAGAAGGACACCAGUCUGUACUGCGUGUGUAAAACACCGUACGACGAAUCCAAGUUCUACAUCGGCUGCGAUCUUUGUACAAACUGGUACCACGGGGAGUGUGUUGGCAUCACAGAGAAGGAGGCAAAGAAGAUGGACGACUACAUCUGCAAUGAGUGCAAACGGGCACAGGAGGGCAGCAGCGAGGAGCUGUACUGCAUCUGCCGGACGCCGUACGAUGAGGCUCAGUUCUACAUUGGCUGUGACCGCUGUCAGAACUGGUACCACGGGCGCUGCGUGGGAAUCGUGCAGAGCGAGGCCACGCUCAUCGACGAGUACGUCUGUCCGCAGUGCCAGUCCACGGAGGACGCCAUGACCGUGCUGACCCCGCUCACAGACAAGGAUUACGAAGGGUUAAGAAGAGUUCUGCGCUCCUUACAGGCUCACAAAAUGGCAUGGCCGUUUUUAGAACCUGUAGAUCCCAACGAUGCACCAGAUUAUUAUGGCUUAAUAAAGGAACCAAUGGACCUGGCCACAAUGGAGGAUAAGAUACAAAAACGUUACUACAACAAGCUAACAGAGUUUGUGGCAGACAUGACCAAAAUCUUCGACAACUGCCGUUAUUACAACCCCAGCGACUCGCCGUUUUAUCAGUGUGCCGAGGUUCUCGAAUCAUUCUUUGUACAGAAACUUAAAUCUUUCAAAGCAAGCAGAUUGUGAUGUCAUAAGUCUGACCUAAUAGCCGGAAUCUGAUCUGGAUGCUGGGGUCACACUAUCACUAUUUCUUUUAGUUCUGUGUGUUUUGGUUUUUUGUAUCAUGGAAUUUGCUGUUCCCUUAUACAGCGUAAAUUUCUGCGUUAUGAAAUGUUAUUUAAAUCACUUUUAAUAAUAAAAAAAGAAACCCAAACUCCAAAGAUGCCUCAAGUGGCAAUCCCUUUACUGCAGCCAUGUUGACAGCAAAAUAUGUUUUUCAAUAAUAUUGGUUUACAAAAAAAAAAUAAUAAAGGAACAUUUUUAUUUAUUUUUUUAAACCCCAUAAAAUUAGAAAUUUGUCUACAAAAGGUUAUCUUGCCUAAAUGUAAUGUAACAACCAAUCAAGUCGACCUUGUGUUUCACGUGGGGCUGUGCUCUGUGGAAACCCUGCAGGAUCCCGGCUAAGCCUUCACAUGGUUCCAUUCCGUGAGCAUGGCGUUCGAGUGUCUGGUUCUAAUGAAUCGUGGCAUAUGGAAUAGCCUGACUUCUGUUCUGGUUCGUUUUUGGUUCGAGUUUCUUUUGUGGAAAGGUACAUUACAUCUUGAUGUAAAUAUGAUAAGAAGCUUGCCGUAAAUUCAGCAUGCAGUGCAAAUUAAACAGACGCCAAGAUGCAUUUUUGCAAAUCAUGAAGUAUUUUUCUGAAGGGUGGUUUACUUUAUAGCCUCGAUUUAGUAACUGUCUUUUUUGUUUGUUUUUUUUUUUUUUUGCCCUAAAAAAGCAAAUAGGCACUGAUAACGAUGAUGCAAAGUUAUGAAUCCUUUUGUAAAGGAGUAUUUUGUGAUUGAAAAAAAAAAAGAUUUAAAAGAAAGCAGUUAGUUCCAGAUUUCAGCUGGUUGUCUUUUGGUUUUGUUUUUUGCUCGCAUUACUGUAUUGUUCAUUGUUAGGAAAUUCACAGCACAAGAAAAAAGUAGUGCUGCUGUAGCAUUUUAAUACCUAAACCAUUCUAUCACCUGUGUUAAUACUUUUUGAAAAGUUAUUUUAAAAGUUCAAUUGUAAAAGCCAAGCGCUUAAAUAAAUAUUUUAUUAAAAGAAAAAGAAUCUCACUCCAACAUGGCUGCCACCCCCCCCCCCCCCCCCCCCCCCCCCAUCCUGGUUUUGUUUUGUAGGUUAUGGAAAAUAAUAAUAAAGGGUACUCAACUGUUCCCUUUUUCCAUAUUCUGUAGGUCUCAUAACAACAAACUACAGUCUACAGCUUCUUAGAGUACAGAACUCUAUGCCCUAAAUCACAAAGCGCAAGCUUCUGGUUCUCUGAGAACACUUGCCCAUUUGGAGCCAGGCUUCUCCUCCCAUUCGGGUCUCCCCAGAGGACCCUCCCUGUAAACCAGCAUAUUUUCCUGUCAGUCACAGAUCAGGAACUGCAUCGGAUUGGAUCACACCGGCCAGCUUUGGGAGACGAGUGGAAAUGCCCUCUGCAGUCGCUGUCUCUGGUGAAGGAGGAGAGUGCAAACCUGGGGAUAGCUUUCUGUCAAUGAGGCUGUUUUUGAUGUCUCAUAGUGGACGUAAAGAAAGAUCUGCAGCAAGUAAGCUGGUGGUUAUACCAAAAAAAAAAAAAAAAGAAAAUCGAAGAGCUGUGUGUACCGUUUAGUGAAACAUACAUUUUUAUAUUAAACCCUGUUUGUCGACUGACCGUAUUUCACACCCAGUUUCAGCUGUUUUUCUUGCUCCCUGUAUGUAAAGGUUGAUUCCUCCCCUCCGCUCUGCUCCCCUCCUCUCCAGACCCUUUCUUUCUUUGAAAGGGACUGUAAUGUGGGAAUCCACAAGGGCUUUGCAGCUAACAAUCCAGCACAGAAGAAUGGAGGUCUGGAGUUGAUCAGAAUGUUGCUCUUGUCAGUGGCACUAAAACAAAAUAACUGAAAUAUACAAAUCGCCCAGCGGUGACGAUGGAUUGAAAAUGAAAAAAGCUGAAAAGCUAUGUGUAUUUGAAGGUGUCUUGUUUGUAAAACUUUGUCAGAUUAUUAUUAUUAUUUUUUUUUAAUUAUUUUGUAUUACAGCUCAAGCUGAAACAGUGAUGUAUAUGAAACAUAAUAAAUGGAGAAUAAUGUUCUCUUCCACACUGAUAGAGGCAACGCCAAAUGUUAUUGAUUUUAUAAAGACCUGUUCAGGAUUCCUUAUGUCUUUUCCAAACAAAAUAUUACAAAAAAGCUGCCGUUUGGAAAAGGUAAAAGGAAUGGGUAAAGGGCAUAAUAAACCGAAAUGUGAGUUUAUCAGUUCCUUCUACGCACUGUCGCUGGUUCUCAAGCACACUGGUUGAUGGUUUGAAUGGUUAUGAUUCAAAACAGGCUUUUGAUACAGGUGCGUUCUCAAAAAGGGGUGGCUGCAGAUGUGUAAACUCGACACAGUGGGUUAAUAUGGGGAGCGAUUCGGGACAGUGCUGCUCUGUUUCCUCUCCCUUGACAACAGGGUUUGAAAAAGCAAAUCUGAAUUUUCUUGUGUUUGCUUUCUGUCAUCUGGUAUUCAGAGAGCUUUUUGGAAGGGGGAGGGUGUAUUUCACUAGUUUUUAGUUGUGUGUGUGUGUGUGUGUAUUGUUGUUUUUUUUCAUUAAAAUUUCAAUAUGCUCUCCGCAGUAAUUUAAGCUAAAAAUGUAUCAGUUCCAUUUUCUGAGCUGUCCGUGAAGGCAAAGAAAACAGAUUUUUUUUUUUUCUAGAGUCCUUCUGCUGUCUGCUUUGUACAAAGAACAUGGAGCCGUGAGAUUCCAUUUGCUUGUAAAAACCUAGAAUAUUUUCAUAGAGCUUCUACUUCUAAACCUGUAAGAUUGGUUGCCAUCAGGAAUACAUUUUAAUGUGAUGAUCUAAACCAAGUUAAAUGGUUCCUAUCUGUAACAUAAAUUAAUUUGGCUGACCUUUUCAUGUCACCUGUUUUGACUUUAUUUUAUAUUAAUUACAAGGAAGAUAACUUUUUUGUUUUUUAAUAAAGUAACUUUUAAAUCAAGUUUGCAGUUAGGUGAAAUUGUCAAUUUUAUAAAAAAAAAAAAAAAAAAAAAAGAUGUAUAUUAAGGGUAAAUAUAUGAACUCUUACAGGAAUUGAGGGGGGAAUACUUACUGCACAUUUCAUCAGUCUGUCUGGAUUUAUUCAUAGAUAGGAUAGAUUGCUCUCUGUUUUUAACAGAUUGUGGAACUCUGACGAGUAAUCCUUUUUUGUAUUAUCAUUAGAAGUUGUCUCGUCUUCGUAAAUGGUACAUUAUGAGAAUCUGCUGUUUUUUACUUUAUUACAUUAUCAUAUGCUAAAUUAUAUUUGCUGGCGUGAACAUAACCACCAGGAUCCGUGGAAAAUAAAGCGCUUUGUUUAUUUACGGUGCUAAAAACACAUUUUAUUUUUACCAUAAGCCAGUUUCAAAGCAAGGAUUAAUUCAAUUGAUGUAUUUUGUUUAAUUAAGGUGAAAAAGACACAGAAUGAAUGAAAAGUAUCCUGGCACUGUGAGGAGAGGAGAAGUGUGCCGAGAGCUGUCUGAAACGUCCUCCUUGCAGUUCUUUUUUUUUCUGUUUUAGUCCCAAAUUGCAGACACACACAGGUUUUCACAAAGUUGUUUUCAAUAGAACACGCUUUGACACAAACAAGCCUUAGCUGUAUGCUUACCCUCUACUAUAUCCAUGACUUUCUGUGCCCUUUAACCAGUGUGAUGUUUAAAAUGAGGCAUUGUAUUUCCCAGGACAGAAAGGACCAGGGUCUACAUACAAGAUGGACAUUUUCUCCAAAAAUGAAAACUGUGCAAUCAGUUCACCUGUGAUCGAACUAUCUGUGUUUUCAGUCUACUGCCCCUGCUGUUUAGGCAUCAUUUUAGCCAUGUGUUUUUUAGUGCAGUUUUAUUUGUUAAACUGGGGACACUGUUGCUAAGAAUGCAAGUGUUUGUGCUUGGGAGGCCUCGAGACUUUUGGUAAAUAUUUGACUUUUGAAACAGGUUGUGUACAUAAUGAUUUUUUAGGAAAUGUUCCUAAUUGAAAACAAAACCGGCUAGGAGUAAAUGUGCUUUUUAUGCGCUUCAGUCGCCAGAAAGUAAAGGUGGAGGAUGGACAGGAGUUUAGGCUACAUGAGUGUGCUUGAAGAUUGCAAAGCCCUAUAAUAAACUGAAGGAUGUCGCCUGGACAGUGUAAGAAAACGAAUCCAUUUAAAAAAAAUUUUAACUAACUUUUUUUUUUUUUUUUUUUUUUUUUUACAAGAUGUGCCUAGUCACUGUUUUGUUUUUGAACAAAAAAUGUAGACAGAACAAAAUACACAAGCAAUGUAAAAACUAUUCUUUACAAAAGAAAGACCUGCAUGUUAACUAGCCCCACGUGUUACAAGUGUAUAUAGCAGAUGAAAAAGAGCCCUUUUCUGAGCUGUGUGUUGUAGUUUCUGAACAUUUUCUAUCUGUGUACCCUGUCUGAAAGACUCCCUGUAAAUAAACUGCCCUUGUUUGAUUUA